AUGUGCGACCUCAUUGAGCCGCAGCCGGCCGAGAAGAUCGGCAAGAUGAAGAAGUUGCGGAGAACUUUGUCGGAUAGUUUCAGCCGCAUUGCCUUGAAGAAAGAGGACACCACCUUUGAAGAGAUAUGUGUCACAAAGAUGUCCACACAAAACUGCCCAGGAAUGGACUCAGUGAUCAAACCCCUGGACACAAUUCCUGAGGAUAAGAAAGUCAGGGUUCAGAGGACACAGAGCACUUUUGACCCAUUUGAGAAACCCACUAAUCAAGUAAAGAGGGUGCAUUCUGAGAACAAUGCUUGCAUUAACUUUAAUAAGAGCUCCUCCGCAGGCAAAGAGUCUCCUAAGGUUCGGCGGCACUCCAGCCCCAGCUCGCCAACAAGUCCCAAAUUUGGAAAAGCUGACUCAUAUGAAAAACUGGAAAAACUAGGGGAAGGAUCUUAUGCUACAGUAUACAAAGGGAAGAGCAAGGUGAAUGGAAAGUUGGUAGCCCUGAAGGUGAUCAGGCUGCAGGAAGAGGAAGGUACACCUUUUACAGCUAUCAGGGAAGCUUCUCUGUUAAAAGGACUAAAACAUGCUAACAUAGUGCUACUUCAUGACAUCAUCCACACCAAGGAGACACUGACACUUGUGUUUGAAUAUGUGCAUACUGAUUUAUGUCAGUACAUGGACAAGCACCCUGGGGGGCUGCAUCCAGAUAAUGUGAAGCUGUUUUUAUUUCAGUUGCUGCGAGGGCUGUCUUACAUCCACCAGCGCUAUAUUUUGCACAGAGACCUGAAACCACAGAACCUUCUGAUCAGUGACACGGGGGAGUUAAAGCUGGCAGAUUUCGGUCUUGCAAGAGCAAAAUCCGUCCCUAGCCACACAUACUCCAAUGAAGUGGUUACCUUGUGGUACAGACCUCCAGAUGUCCUCUUGGGCUCGACAGAAUAUUCCACCUGCCUUGACAUGUGGGGAGUCGGCUGCAUCUUUGUUGAGAUGAUCCAGGGAGUUGCUGCUUUUCCAGGAAUGAAAGACAUUCAGGAUCAACUUGAACGAAUAUUUCUGGUUCUUGGAACGCCAAAUGAGGACACAUGGCCUGGAGUUCACUCUUUACCACAUUUUAAGCCAGAACGCUUUACCCUGUACAGCUCUAAAAACCUUAGACAAGCCUGGAAUAAGCUCAGCUAUGUGAAUCAUGCAGAAGAUCUGGCCUCCAAGCUCCUCCAGUGUUCCCCAAAGAACAGACUAUCAGCUCAGGCCGCCUUGAGCCACGAGUAUUUCAGUGACCUACCCCCGCGGCUAUGGGAACUGACUGAUAUGUCUUCUAUUUUUACCGUCCCAAAUGUAAGAUUGCAACCGGAAGCUGGAGAAAGCAUGAGGACCUUUGGGAAAAACAAUAGUUAUGGCAAAAGUCUAUCCAAUAGCAAGCACUGA